GGUCUAGCUAUAAAAUCGCGCAGCUACUGCAACAAAUAAUAAUUUUGUCCUGAAAACGCAAAAAUAAUUUGCAUCGCAACAUACAAAUUUGUUUAACUGAAUUGCAUGAUUAAAAUAAUGAAGAGUCACCUCUCUUUGUGCUGUGCGUCAUGCGCACUCUGUCGGCUCGCUUUGGGUAUGUUUGGUCAGUUUGUGGCAGUGCUGUGUGUGGGAGAGGAGGAGAGGAGGCAGGAGAUGACUGCCACAGCCCUCACUUCUCCACUGAACCCUCAUAAAUGUGGAGGGAGAGGGAUUGCCUGCGAACAGAUCGGCUACUCAAUGGACUAAUGUGGACUCAUGGUUCGGCACUUUUUGAAAGAACCAUGUGGACGUAGGGAAGUUUGAGCACUUGCACGCAGUACAGACUCUUUAGUUAUAGUGAUAGAAAGCCUGCUAUGGAGCACGUCGCGACUCAAAAUGAGUUUGAGCACUGACGAUGUAACAAACUUGUGGAAAAAUGGUUCCUCCGACCUCGAGUGGAACUCUAUGCAGGUCAACUCCACCAACAGCUCCAGGACGAACCACACCGCGUUCGGCGAGCUGGACCUCACCCGCGCCGCCCUGCUCGGCUUGGUGCUGGGGGCGUUCAUCGUUUUUGCCAUCGCGGGCAACAUCCUCGUCAUUCUGUCCGUGGUGUGCAACAGGCACCUGCGGACCCCCACCAACUACUUCAUCCUUAACCUGGCCAUGGCCGACCUGCUGCUGGGGACAACGGUGCUGCCGGUUUCUGCCACCCUGGAGAUCCUGGACUAUUGGGUGUUCGGCCGGAUCUUCUGUGACAUCUGGGCUGCGCUGGACGUGCUGUGCUGUACGGCGUCCAUCAUGAGCCUGUGCGUAAUAUCCAUCGACCGCUACAUCGGAGUGAGCCACCCGCUGCAGUACCCGGGUAUUGUGACGGAGAGGCGGGCUCUGCUGGCCAUGCUCGGGGUCUGGGUGCUCUCGGUGGUCAUCUCCAUCGGACCUCUGUUCGGCUGGAAGCAGCCGCCGGCGCCGGACGACACGGUGUGCCUCAUCACAGAGGAGCCGUUUUACGCGCUCUUCUCCUCUCUCGGCUCCUUCUACAUUCCGCUCGCCGUCAUCCUGGCCAUGUACUGCCGCGUUUACAUCGUGGCCAAGAGGACCACGAAGAACCUGGAGGCGGGCGUGAUGCGGGAGAGGAUGAACACCAGCGAGCUGACCCUCAGGAUCCACAAGGGCUCUCAGGUGCACGAGGACCCCGGCGCACCGGGCACCGGAAAAGGCCGUGCGCACCAGGCCAGGAGUUCCCUCACUGUGAAGCUCCUGAAAUUUUCCCGGGAGAAGAAGGCAGCUAAAACUUUGGGAGUUGUGGUCGGAAUGUUCGUCCUAUGUUGGCUGCCUUUCUUUCUGGCCCUGCCUAUAGGGUCCUUUAAUGUGCAUCUGCGGCCACCUGAGACCCUCUUCAAAGUCAUCUUCUGGCUGGGCUACUUCAACAGCUGCCUGAAUCCCAUCAUCUACCCCUGUUACAGCCGCGAGUUCAAGCUGGCCUUCAUCCGGAUCCUGAGGUGCCACUGCCAUCAGCAGAAACGCCCCGGCUGGAGAACGUACAACUACCGCUCCUCCACCUUCCGCUCCUCUGGAAACUCACGGAAGGGCUCAACGGAUCACACCUCCAACUGGCUGAACGGGAGUCAGCGCACCCUGCCGUCGUCUGCCAGCCCCAGCCCCAGCUACCUGAGCCAGGGCCUCCCUCCAUGCCCAGAGGGAGAAACGUUGUACAUUUGGGGAGCCACCACCUCAGCGCCCUCCACACCCAACCUGCUGCCUGGCAGCCCGGCAGACUGCGAGCAGGGAGGCGUGAGAGGCGACGGCAGAGAGGGGAAACGGGCAGAGGGGACCGCUGGACGUGUGUUUUCUUUCACCUUUAGGAACAUUAAGGACAAGCGAGGGCUCAACAGGGACAUCAUCAUGCCUGAUGACAAGGUGUGACUGCAGGCAGCUUCUGAUUUACAGAUUAGCGGAGUACACGCUUUGCAGGUUUCACUGUACAUGGCUUGUGUUGCUUCAUCCGUCAGUGGCAUGUCUUCAGUGAUUAGUUUGAGGAGCUGAUCUGUUCAUUUACUCUUCAUUUCUGUGUUUAUAAUUGGUGAAAGGUUUCUCUCAGUGAGCAGUGACCACUACGAUGUUCAAAUAUACCCGUUUUUUCUGCCCUGUUUGGAUCAUAAAGAGAACUGCAUGUCAUUUUAGAUGUACGUUGGAGAAACCUAAGCUAAAUCAUUUUUAGCUUUGACUCAUCAUGUUUCCUGUAAAAAAGACUGAACCUGAUUUGUAAAAUCAAAGCAACCUCUUGUAAAACAGAGCGGCCAGGCAUUAGACGACCUUUCUGUUGCAGUUGUCUGAUAUUGUGGUAUUUUGUGAAAAUAAAAUACUGUGUGUAUUUUUCUGCUGUGCGCACAAUCUUCAAAUAUAUUGUGUGUGUUUGUAGAAAUGUGAUGGAAAAAAUAAAAUAUAAAAUUCCAAUUUGAUGUGUAACAACUUAAUAUCUCUGUUGGAGAAAAUGCUAUAAUGUAUGUUAAACUGAACCUUAAGGAUUAGAAGGAAAGAAAAUUGGCUUGGACAAAAUUCAUAAACCACAUAUCACCUGUGAGGUGACUAAUGCAAUUUUUACUUUUAUCACGUUUGGAGAAGUUAUUUUGUCAUUUAAAGACUGAAGAUGAUGUAGCAGACACUCUUACUUAAAAGUAACAUCAACCUUCACAAUUUUUGGCAGCCUAUCACAAAUACAUUCUGAAACUAAAUUUACAAAAAUUGAACCUAUAAACUUUGCACUUUUGUUUUAAUUAAGGAAGAUACGAGUCAGAUGAUUAUUCUCUGGGGAACUCAUUAUAAGAAUGCGGACAGAUCAAACACAAUAACACAGGAGGGGUUGUUUCUCCACAAAGUGAUUCUUUGUUUCAUACCAAAUCCACGUGUAAUGAUUCUUGCUAAAAAAAAAAAAAAAAAAUCUGAGUUUCUUCUGAACAAAGAAGAAACUUUAUUAAGAAGAAUAUAAGAAUCACUUAUAUUCCAAGUUUAAAUUAAACUUAGAAUAUAAAUCUGUAGUCAAAUACAAAAAGCUAGAAGAGGGAGAAAAUACAAAUUCUCUUUGAAAGAGACAUUUUUGUUGACUUGUAGGAAACUGGUCAAACGAUACACUAAAAGACUUGAAGCUGUACUGCAGCAGAAAAUGGCUCUUGAAAUAAUUCAUUUAUAAACCUUUAUUAAAAUACAGAUCCCUUUCUUGCCA